AGCGGACGCGUCUUGUUGCUCUUCCUCUCUCUCCCUUUUUAUUUUCACAUCUUCCUCUCCUCCGCUCUUGCUAUCGGCUGUCUUGGAUCCCUACUUUCCCCCUCCUCCAGCCCUACCUACAUCCAUUACUGCUACCAGAAAACCAACCUCUGGAUGCUCUGACGACGCCGCUUCCAAGUCUACACAAGUCAUCAACCAAACAAAGCCACCCCAAGGAGGGGACAUUGAGUAUCGCCUAUCCCGUUUAACAAUGCCGGGCGCCAUGGCCUAUGAUGAUGGCGCGCUCGCUUCGCCCGACGCCAGCACAGCGGCCAUCCUGGGUGCCUCGUCGGCUGGUUGGUCUCCCGUCCGCACGGCAAGACGCCCUCCCCACGAACUCUUUUCCUCGUCGUCGUCGUCAUCGUCGUCACCGCACCGCAGUGGCAGCAGCACGACGUCUGCUGCUUCCACCGCCACCACGACCGCCGACGAGGGCGACCAGCUGCCGAGGAGCCCGUCCAAGAAUGCAGUGCCUGAGGCCAGGGCCAAGCUCAGCUCGCUCCGACAGCAUGGCCUCGUGAGCAACAGCAUCUUCAAGAACGGCGGCCGACCGUCGCCUUCACACAACUCAAAUGCCUCGCCCACUGGAUCCAGCGCCUCGGCCGCGACGGGCAGCCCCGCGCGGCGACACCUCUACGAGGGCUCAUCGCCCUCGAGCAACGGCGCGAGGGCCAUGGGCGUCGGGCUCGGCAUCAGCGUGGGCGCCAGUCCGCCGUCGAAGAUGGCGCCGAGGUCCGGAUCGGCGACGAGCCUCGGCUCCAAGGGCUCCUACGACGACGACGACUCGGACGCAGAAAACGAAGCGGCGUACGUGCCUGGCCAGGGCUCGCCCAGGAAAAGUAAGGGCAUCGAUGCGCUGCAGAGGGCAAAGGGUGUCAGCAACUCGCCCUUUCGGCGUCAGGCUGCAACAGCAGGAGCAGGAGCAGAGACCGACGGCGCCACCAGGCCGCUCGAGUUGCCCAAGAAUGCCUGGGCAUUUAGUGCAGCCGCCUCCAGGCCAGCAGCAGCAGCACCGUCGUCGUCGUCGUCAUCAUCUUCUUCUCCUGCUUCGCCCCACCGACCAAGCACGCCGACAAAGGAGCUCGGCGUGGGGCACGCCGAAGCACCACCCAAGACGCCCGAACGCACGCCGAAGCGCAUGGCCACAGCGGCCAACGGCGGCGACGUCGAGGUGGCCACCACGCCACGGGGACGGCCAUCGCCGGCGCGCGACCAGCACUACGACAGCCCUUCGUCGCGCGGCCUCCUCGUCUCCAACCGGCUCCAUGGACCGCGGCAGAUCUCGACGCCCGAAGACUCGCCGACGAAGCGCGAAAGGCGCAAGACCGUCACCUUUGACGAGGUCCUUGAUGUGCAGGAGUUUGACCGCGAGAGCAGCGUCGACCUCGAGAGCCUGCGGAGCGAGGGUAGCAACCUGAGCAGCAACCAGGACUACGAGGCCGUCCACGCCGGCGGCGGCUCCUACGACGGUGCCGAGUGGAGCGACGAGGAGGUCAUGUGGCGCAGCGAGGACCGCGGCAGCCGCCUCGUCGCCGAGCGUCUCAUGGUCGUCAACGGCAGCCCCGCCACGGACUCGAGCCCGGCCCUGUCGACGCCGUCGCUCGAGGGGCAGGCGCAGCACAACAAGGAGCACAUGCUGCCCUCCGACUCGAGCUCCAACGACAGCCGCGAUGUCUCGUCGAUUGACGAGCCCGCGAGCCCGCGCCAGGAAGACAUUGACAAGACGUUCAACACCGCCCGCGACUCGAGCUUCAGCCAUGUCGACGAGAUGGACGAUGCCGACGACAAGGACGCCAGUGCGACGGACAUCAGCGGCUACGGUGCCCUCCACCGCGUCGAGAGCAUGGUCGAUGAGAUGCUCAACGACAGCAUCCUGGGGCCCAACCGUGCUGGUCUGUACAACGAGCAAGCGGCGGAGCGAGAGUCGAGCCCGCCCAGACGGCGCCGUAACGGUUCGACGUUCAAGGACCACAAGGUGGAAGCACACGCCGCCGUGGCUGCCGCGGCCGCCGACGAGGACGAAGAGGUGCAAGACCAGCCUCAACGCCGCUCGUCGAAGCCACUACCUGCUCCUCCUCCUCAGCAGCAGCAGCAGCAGCAGCAGCAGCAGCAGCGCAUGUCACAGAGCGCACCCAGCUACGACGACAUUGCCGAGCUGCAAAAGGCAAAGGCGCAUGUCGACGAUGUCGCUGGAAAGCUGUCGCUGCCCGCGUGGAGCCCGCUGUUUGGGGAGAACGAACAGGAGGAGGACAGAGAAGAGGUUGAGGCGGUCCUUUCCUCGCUCAAUGCCACGCCCACACUAGCAGCACCAGGAGCGACCGGCGCGAAUGCCGCUUCUUCCAAGCCCGGCGGACGACCCCACAUCUCGAGAGACGCCGUCCUGCAGCGAGUGGCGCGCGAAAAGAGGCUCGCUGCCGAGCAGGAGCAGGCCCAUUCGCAGAGCGGGACUCCGGAGCUUUCCCCUGCCGAGCAAGAGCGUCAGCCACCGAUGGCCCAGGCGAGGAGUCACGUCGUCAUGGGCAGCCGGCCUCGUGGAUCAGAGCCCGAGCGCAGCCGCAACGCAUCGGGCGAAAUGGUCGCUCGUGCCAGGCCGAGUGCCCCAGCCAGCCGCGGCCUCGAGCAGCGUCCGUCGCAGGUCGCCGAACCGAGGCCAGCCCCUCCGCCAAGUUCCGUCCGUGAGCUGGCGCAGGACGACCUCGAGUCGCCCCUGGAGCGGCUCGGCGCUGAGGUGGCUGCUGAGCAGGCUCAGCAUACAUCGACGCUGCUCAACAAGACUCCCGUGGCGCCCUCCAGCGUCGCAGCAGCAGCAGCAGCAGCAGCAGCAGCAGCAGCCCAAGUCGGGCCUGAAGAGGCCGAAGCAAGGGAGCGUCAGCAGCAGUGGUUCGGCUCCGGCAGCCGCGAGGCCUCUGUCGAUGCCUCCGAGGUUCUCAACGAGCCCAGCAAGGACAAGGUUGAGCCCAAAAAGGCCUCACCCGGCCUGACGCCCGCACAGCAGGCCGAAGCCAUUAUUGCACGCAGACGCAGCAAAAACGGCAAGGCACCCCAGCGGCUCAAGGGAAGACGCAGCCUCAGCACGGGCGAUGCCAGGCCUGGAGAAGAGGAGCAGCAGGAGCAGCAGGACAGGCAACGCUCCGUCAGUCCUGCCACGCCGCUUCAGCAGCCGCAGGACAAGGAGCUGGAGGGAGGCAAGCAGAGCGAGGACUUUGAGUUCGGCCUCGAGAGGGAGAUCAGCAGGAUCUGCAAGCAGGGAGACCAAAAGUAUCGCAUCAAUGACCGCGGUGUCUUUACCGGCGUCGAGGAAAAGGUGUCGCACACUGCCGUGGCGGGCGACGUCGACAGCGGCAAGGCGUGGCGCAGACUACGCAGGCCCUCGGACAUGAACGAGUACGCCAAGGAGAUGCGCGAGUACCGUGCCAAUGAGAACCCCAAAAAGGUCGCAGGCAAGGUCUUUGUCCUCGUCGACUCCUUUACGCCCUCUUCGCUUCCCGUUCCAAGCCGGCCCACUCGGUUCUACUGCGUCCUCGACAACGGCCUCCACGUCGUCAAGACGGCUUCCGCUCCUCUUCGCUCGGCCGGCAGCGUGUCCAAGAUUGGCCAAGAAUUUGAGCUGAUCCAGCACCGGAAUCUCGAGUUCAACCUCACCCUUGUUGUCCAGCGCGACGCUCACCUCGUUGAGCCGUCGCGGGAGCAGACGAGCCCGACGAGCAGCAAGCGAGAGAAGCUGACGCCGAGCUUCUCGAGAGGCAUGGGCAAGCUCUUCUCGAGCCCCAAGAAGAAGGCCUUUGCGUCCUCGAUGAGCACCGCCUCUACAGCCUCCGUCGUUGCGCCUGGCUCGAUGAGGGAGCCCAUGCUCGACUACGUCAACCGCGAAGGUGCCUUUGGACGCGCCGAGGUUGUCUUUGAAAAGGUCGCUGCUCAAUGCCUGGCCAAGUGUCUCGUCGUUGAUCUGCCCGUCCAGGGCGUCUCUGAUCCGGCGCCGUCACUCUCGAGCGCAAACGCCGCCAUGCGCUCCUCGAUGGACUUUUCCAGGAACCUCUCCAAGGUCCGCGGUACGCUCCGGCUCAAGCUCUUCUACCUCCCUGCUAUGCCCAGCAUCCCCCGGAACCUCUUGCCAGAGAACCUGGGCGAGUGCAUCCGCGGCAUGGAGAAUGCCAAGUGGCACUCGGGUGCGCCGUGGAUGGAGGGCGUCUUGACGCAACUAGGCGGUGACUGCAGGAGCUGGAGAAGAAGACCGGUCAAGGCUCAGGGAGCGCACCUGAUUGGCUUCAACGAGAUCACAAAGAAGCCGACCAUCAAGAUCGACCUCUCGCAGGCCGUCGCGGUAGAGGAGGCCUGGGAUCCUGUCCGACAGGUGCCCGUCAAGAUGCAGCUGAGAAACGACGAGGAGCUUGACGAGUCCUACCACGUCGAGCGCUCGUUCCGCGUCACCUUUGCAGACGGAGAGAGGAUCCACUUCUUUGCGGACACCGACCAGGAGAUGGUCCAAUGGGUCGAGGCACUCAAGAAGAUUGUCGGCAUCGAAGUACCCCCCAACGCUGCAUGGGCGCAGCUGGCGAUGGAAAUGGCAAAGACGGUGGCGAACAAGUCCGCUGCGAGGCUCUCGAAGCCAGGCGGGGUCCCCGCGACACCAUCAGCUGCUUCCAGGAUGCAGAGCGAUGCCGACGAGACGCCCAAGCGACCGUCAAUGCCGAGACCGAGCCAUGCGCGCUCGCAGAGCCACGCACUUGCGACUGUCACGGAAGCCCACACCCCUCCUGCUCCUGCGCCUGCUGCCUCUUCGCUCAGGCAGCAACAACCCCAUCAGACGAGACGAGUGCCUGUGGAGCGACCCGCGAGCGUCUACGUGGACCGUCGCUGAUUCUUUCCUCUUCGAUUCUCUUGUAUCAUUGCUUUUGCAUUCUCUUUUCUCUUUUCUUUUCCUUUUCAGAACCUUCCAUACGUAUAAGAGGCGAGGCGAGGCUCAGCCCCUCUCCCUUCCCCCUGUUUAUAGUUCGCUAGUCCAUCAUAGUACGUCCAGCUUUCGUCGUCGUCGCGCGAGCAAUUUCAGCAUGUCAUUGACCUUAAACUUGGCCUUGCGCAAAACCACGUGUGGAGUGGUGACGGACGGACGCUGAGGCGGACGACGCCACAAAAAGUCU